AUGACGAGCUACAUCCCCUCCCUAACCCUCCCCAACUUCGCCUUUGAGAACCCGGCAGUAGCUAUCCUACUGCCAGUUCUGUGUGGAACAGCCACAGGAUUUGCCAUCAGUCCGAGCGUGUCUCAGACAGCAUACCGAACGCUGAAGCAGCCUCCACUACACCCACCCGGUUACGUCUUCGGACCAGUAUGGACAGCCCUCUAUGCCACCAUGGGCUACACAGCCUACCGCGCAUACACCAUUGGUGCCAAUUCCGCUAACCCUAACACUGUCGCCUUGGCUAAGCACGGAGCGACUCUCUACACUAUCCAGCUUGCCUUGAACCUCAUGUGGACUCCUCUCUACUUUGGCCUUGGUAAACCUAUACCCGCUACAGUCGACAUUCUCGCUCUAGGUGGAACUCUCGCCUACCUUAUCAGCGUCUGGGGACAGGUUGAUCCUACUUGCGGGUGGCUGCUCGCUCCAUAUCUGGGCUGGGUUAGCUUUGCGACGUAUCUUUGCGCCGGGUCAGGCUACCUCAACAACUGGGACUUCAGGGCCAUCACUAAGAAAGAGUAG